UGCACGCCAGCGCGCGUGUGCACGUGCAGUGGCUCACCUAGCAGCUACAGCGGCGUCAGUCUGCAUGUGGGCUCGAGCUGGAGCAUCCGCGAGCCGAACUGCGCAGAGAUGCGGCGCACGUAGACCACACCGCUGAUAUAUCACGGUUAAACACGCCGUUAAGAUAAUUGUUGGUGUUUGUUUAAGAAAUGGCGGCGCUGAAGUCGAAGUGAGCCGCUCCGUUUGCUCGAGAGUGCGCACUCGUUUUCUCUUCUCUCGCUCUUCUGCCCAAAGCAGAACCGUUUGUUUUUGUUCUCUUUUUCCGUCGACUAUCGUGUAACAAGGAGUCAUGACUUCAGGGCAGGAUGAAAGCUCAGUCCGUGUGGCGCUGAGGAUUCGUCCUCAGCUGGCCAGGGAGAAGAUAGAGGGAUGUCAUAUCUGUACAUACGUGAUGCCCGGGGAGCCUCAGGUGAUCCUGGGGAAAGACAAGUCCUUCACCUACGACUACAUGUUCGACAUGGACUCCCAGCAGGAGGCCAUCUACUCCAGCUGCACGGAGAAGCUAAUCGAGGGCUGCUUCGAGGGCUACAACGCCACCGUUUUUGCAUACGGACAGACGGGUUCAGGGAAGACGUACACCAUGGGGACGGGCUUCGACGUGAACUUCGUGGAAGAGGAGUUGGGUAUCAUCCCGCGCGCCGUGCACCACCUCUACAGGGGCAUCGAGCAGCGCCAACAGGCCGCCCAGGAGCAGGGACUCCCCGCCCCCGAGUUCAAGAUCAACGCCCAGUUCCUCGAGCUUUAUAAUGAGGAAGUUCUGGACCUGUUUGACUCCACACGAGACACGAAGCAGAAAUCUCACAUCAAGAUCCACGAGGACGCCACCGGGGGAAUCUACACAGUGGGAGUGACCACGCGGACCGUGUCCUCCGAGGCCGAGAUGAUGCAGUGCCUGAAGCUCGGGGCUCUGUCUCGCACCACAGCCAGCACUCAGAUGAACGUCCAGAGCUCUCGAUCCCACGCCAUCUUCACCAUCCACCUGUGCCAAGUUCGCAUCUGUGCCUCCGACAAUCAAGAAGGUGAGAGUGACAACAGAGUGUCCAACGGAAACUCCGAGAUAGACGAGUACGAGACGCUGACAGCCAAGUUUCACUUUGUGGAUCUUGCCGGAUCCGAGAGGCUGAAGAGAACCGGAGCGACGGGCGAUCGAGCCAAAGAGGGCAUCUCCAUCAACUGUGGACUGCUCGCUCUGGGGAAUGUAAUCAGUGCUCUGGGUGACCGCAGCAAGCGCUCCUCUCAUGUGCCUUACAGAGACUCCAAACUCACCCGACUGCUGCAGGACUCGUUAGGAGGAAACAGCCAAACGGUGAUGAUCGCCUGCAUAAGCCCGUCCGACCGGGACUUCAUGGAGACGCUGAACUCGCUGAAGUAUGCCAACCGAGCUCGCAACAUCAAGAACAAGGUGAUGGUGAACCAGGACAAGGCCAGCCAGCAGAUCAGCGUUCUGAGGACGGAGAUCGCUCGUCUGCAGAUCGAGCUGAUGGAGUACAAGACAGGUAAACGCCUGUCGGGGGAGGACGGCGUGGAGAGCUUCAGCGACAUGUUCCACGAGAACUCCAUGCUGCAGACGGAGAACAGCAACCUGAGGGUGAGGGUGAAAGCCAUGCAGGAGACCAUCGACGCUCAGAGGGCGCGGCUCACCCAGCUGCUCAGUGACCAGGCCAACCAGGUCCUCGCCAGGGCAGGUGAAGGUGCGUCUGAAGAAAUCGGAAACAUGAUUCAGGGUUACAUCAAAGAGAUUGAAGAGCUCAGAGCCAAACUCCUGGAGAGCGAAGCUGUGAACGAGAACUUGAGGAAGAAUCUGUCUCGAGCCUCCAACCGUCAGUCGUUGUACGGAGCGCCGGCGCUGCUGGCCCCCGAGAAGGAGACGUCUGACAUCAUCGAGCUCGCCAAGAAAGACCUGGAGAAACUGAAGAAACGAGAGAGGAAGAAAAAGAAAAGACUCCAGCACCUGUUGGAGGAGCGAGAGAGGGAGGAAAGGGAGGAAAGGGAGGAGGAGGUGGAAGAGGUUGAUGACGCCAGUGCCAACAAGGAGGAAGUUCCUGACAACGAGCAGGAGAAGGGCACAGAGAAGGAAACUACGGAGCGAGUCCACGAGGAAGCAGAAAUCGAGGUCCAGGAAGGCAGCGACCACGAGGAAGGAGAAGAGGAAGAGGAGGAGGAUGAAGAGGAGAUGGACGUGGAGGAGAGUUCAGAUGAUUCAGACUCGGAGACAGAUGAAAAAGAGAACUUCCAAGCCGAUCUGGCCAACAUCACCUGCGAGAUCGCCAUCAAGCAGAAGCUGAUCGACGAGCUGGAGAACAGCCAGCGGCGUCUGCACACGCUCAAGCAGCAGUACGAACAGAAGCUGAUGAUGCUGCAGUGCAAGAUCAGAGACACCCAGCUGGAGAGGGACCGGGUCCUUCAAAACAUGAACACGGUCGAAACCGGCACGGACGACAAGUCGCGCAAGAUCAAAGCUGAAUACGAGAAGAAGCUGAGCGUCAUGAACAAGGAGCUCCAGAAGCUCCAGUCGGCGCAAAAGGAGCACGCCCGCCUGCUGAAGAACCAAUCGCAGUACGAGAAACAGAUGAGGAAGCUCCAGGUGGACGUGGGGGAAAUGAAGAAGACAAAGGUCCGCCUCAUGAAGCAGAUGAAGGAGCAGCAGGAGAAGAACAGGAUGAACGAGUCUCGCAGAAACCGAGAAAUAGCGUCGUUAAAGAAAGACCAGCGCAAGCAAGAGCACCAACUAAAGUUACUGGAGGCUCAGAAACGGCAGCAGGAGCUCAUUCUGAGGAGGAAGACCGAGGAGGUGACGGCUCUGAGGAGGCAGGCCAGGCCCACCUCAGGUAAGGUCGCCAGGAAGGAGCCGGUGCAGGACUCCACCCACAGAACUCCAUCUGGACGCUUGUACUCCUCCGGCAACGCUGCUCCCAAUGGCACUCGGUCUUCCUACAGGCGCACAGUAGGUAUUUACUCCACCAGAAUUGCGCGCAAUAAAUGGCAGUCUCUGGAGCGCCGCAUCACGGACGUCAUCAUGCAGAGGAUGACCAUCUCCAACAUGGAGGCCGACAUGAACCGCCUCCUCAAGCAACGAGAGGAGCUGACCAAGCGUAAAGAGAAGGUCAUCAGGAAGAGGGACCGUCUGUUCAGGGAGGGGCCCGAGGCAGAGAAGGCAGCGAUUCCUCUUAACGAGGAAGUGGACGCUUUGACGGCCAACAUUGACUACAUCAAUGACAGCAUCGCAGACUGUCAGGCCAACAUCAUGCAGAUGGAGGAAGCCAAGGAGGAAGGUGACACGGUGGAUAUUUCUGCUGUGGUUAGUUCCUGUACGCUGACGGAAGCUCGCUUUCUGUUGGAUCACUUCAUGUCGAUGGCCAUCAACAAGGGUCUCCAGGCAGCCCAGAAGGAGUCCCAGGUGAAGGUGAUGGAGGGCCAGCUGAAGCAGACGGAGAUCACCAGCGCCACACAGAACCAGCUGCUCUUUCACAUGCUGAAGGAGAAGGCCGAGUUCAACCCGGAGCUGGACGCGCUGCUGGGGAACGCGCUGCAAGAGCUAGGUAACGUCCCGGCUGAAAAUGGAGACGAUAGCAGCAGUGAUGAGUCUGCUCAGAGCCCUUCUGCAGAGGGGAACUCCUUGACGUCAGAUCUCAUGAAACUCUGCGGAGAGACCAAAACAAGAAAUAAGGCUCGUAGGAGGACCACCACUCAGAUGGAGUUGCUGUACGCAAACAGUGACUCCACCCCCGACGCGUCCACCGCGGACUUCUCCGGCCCGUUGCUGCCGUUGGCUGAGACGCCGGACGGGGGCGGAGACGUGGACUCGUCAGGCUCAUCAGUCAGGGACUACACAGCUCUCUCCCCCGGCUUUUCCUCUAAAAUGGGCAGCAUUUCUGGCUGCAGAACCUCGUCGGGGCUGGAGAAGCGAGCUCCGGAGCCUUCCCCGCUCUCUCGCAGGAAGACCUACGACAAGGCAGCGGCCGACAGGGCAAAGCUCAAGGAGAUGAAACAGGAAAACGGAUACCUCCACCUGUCCUCCAACCACUUCCUCCGCUCGGUUUCCCCUCCUCUCUCUGCUCCACCCAAGGGCGUGAUCUACCCGGUGCCUCCCACUAAAAGCAGCCGGUCGGCGACGUUGCAGUGCGUCCACGUGGCCGAGGGACACAGUAAAGCCGUUCUCUGCGUAGACUGCACCGAUGACCUCCUCUUCACGGGAUCCAAAGACCGGACCUGUAAGGUGUGGAAUCUGGUGACGGGUCAGGAGAUAAUGUCCCUGGCCGGUCACCCCAACAACGUGGUGUCGGUCCGCUACAGCUCCAGUUUGGUCUUCACCGUCUCCACCUCCUACAUCAAAGUCUGGGACAUCCGCGACUCGGCCAAGUGCAUCCGAAUGCUGACGUCCUCUGGUCAGGUCAAUGUUGGGGACGUCUGUCCGUCAAACACCAGCCGGACGGUCACCAUCCCAGCAGGAGAGAACCAGAUCAACCAGAUCGCUCUCAACCCCAACGGGAUGGUUCUGUACGCCGCCACCGGGAACUCAGUGAGAGUCUGGGAUCUCAGAAGAUUUGCAUCCACGGGGAAACUUACCGGUCACCUCGGCCCCGUAAUGUGUCUGACGGUGGAUCAGUCUGUAAACAACCAAGACCUGGUGAUCACCGGGUCCAAGGACCACUACAUCAAGCUGUUCGACGUGACUGAGGGCUCCCUGGGGAGCAUCGGCCCCACACACAACUUUGAACCUCCCCAUUACGACGGCAUCGAGUCGCUGGUGGUCCAGGGCGACAUUUUAUUCAGCGGCUCUCGAGACAACGGCAUCAAGAAGUGGGACCUGGACCGCAAAGACCUGCUGCAGCAAGUCCCCAACGCCCACCGGGACUGGGUUUGUGCGCUGGGUGUCGUCCCUGGGUCCCCGGCCCUGCUGAGCGGCUGCAGAGGAGGGGUGCUCAAGCUGUGGAACACGGACACGCUGGGGACUCUGGGGGAGCUGAAGGGCCACGAGAGCCCCAUCAACGGCAUCUCCACCAACAGCAGCCACCUGUUCACCGCCUCCGAUGACCGGACUGUGAAGAUCUGGCGUGCUCGCGGUGGACUGGACAGCACUUUAGAGGCGGCUGACAAUGCGGACGAGGUGGCCAGUAACUGAACGCUGUGGAAGGACACUAACGGCCUCUUUUGAUGCUGCUGCCCUGCACUGCUCCUAAAGACACAUACCUUCACCUGCAAUGUAACCUUUAUGACUGAGCCAACAGGAACGUAGUCUCAUCUCAACAGAAGGAAUCACAAUCACUUUUUUCUCCGACUCUCUGUGGGUCAGAGGGUCGUGCUAAUCGGUUUUAAUUCACUGCAUCGUUAAUGGCUCUUUGCAGAUUGAGCUCAUCUUUUUCUCUUUCACGCUGAAGACGUUUAAUUAAGAGUAGAACACGACAAACGCACUAAUUGUGCUCUGCUAGGGAAAGAAAAAACAGGACGUCGAGCUAACGGGUUGGUAGCUGGUCUUCCCAACCCAGGUCUCCAGCUUGGAUUGUUUCUCUGAAAUCAAACCCC